CCCCGCCCACUUCCGGACUGCACUUCGCAGCGGCAGGUCGGGUCGGGCCUCCCCCCCCAGCGGCCGGGACGGGCUCGGACAUGGUGUCGCUGCUGUGCUGCGGACCCAGGCUGGCCGCCUGCGGCAUCGUGCUCAGCGCCUGGGGGGUCAUCAUGCUGAUCCUGCUGGGCAUCUUCUUCAAUGUGCACUCGGCCGUGCUGAUCGAGGACGUGCCCUUCACUGAGGAAGACUUUGAUGACGUGCAUGGGCCGGAGAAGAUCUACCGCCUGUACGAGCAGGUCAGCUACAACUGCUUCAUCGCGGCCGGGCUCUACGUGCUGCUGGGCGGCUUCUCCUUCUGCCAGGUCCGGCUCAACAAGCGCAAGGAGUACAUGGUGCGCUAGGAGCCCCCAGCGCGGCCCCCUCCUCCACUGGGACCAGCUGCCACCUCCUUAUUUAUGACCCCCCUGGACCAUGGUCCUUUGCUCCCAUCCCCCUGCCCCCCCCCCCAAAAGCAGCUGCAUGGGCUCUGGGAAACAGGGACCCCUUGCUGGGAGCAGACUCCGCUCCUUGGACCAGCAAGAAGGGGAUUUGGGGGGAGUCUAGCACUCUAGUGCCUCCCCUUUCUGUGUGUGGUGGGGGGGUCUGAGCUGCAGGGAACCUGCUCCAGGGUUUUGCCACCUCUUCCCCAAAUGUGUCUGUCCCCCACCACCCUGGAGCUUCUUGUCUAGUGCAAUAAAUGGAGUUGGAUCCUG